AUGUCCUGCAGGGUGCACAAGGACGUUGGGUCUCGUAUAAGUAGCGCGGCGCAGCUUAACGCGCCACCGCUCCGGGGCCUUCUCAUCGUCUUUUUCGUCUUCUGUUUCUCCGACCUCCAAGCCCAGCACCACUCGCGUCGCAGCACGAAGACCCGAAAUCCACCAGAUAGAAACUCGAUGGCUCUACGCUGGGCCGCCUGGACCUACGCGUUCGGUCUACUCGCCACGUGCGUGCGCGCCAUCGGCCAAGCGCCGUGCGCGUCAUUCCAAAGCGCCCCGAACACCUUCGCCGUCGUCCACUCCGGCAAGGCCGCACCCGUUCUGCUCUCCGCGGACGAUUGGCCGGGCGUGCAAAUCGCGGCCGCGAGCUUCGCCGCGGACGUUGAGGCCGUCUCGGGCGUCAAGCCUACGCUCAAGAACGUCACCGCUUCCACUUCCAAUUCCAGCAACAACACCGACACAAGCGCGUUCGCGGGGACGACGCCGAUCAUCGUGGGCACGCUCGGGAAGUCGGCCCUCGUCGAUGCGAUCGUCAACCGGACGGGGAUGGACGUGUCGGGCUUGCGCGGGCAGUGGGAGGCGUUCGUCGCACAGGAGGUCAAGAACCCACUGCCGGGCGUGGAGAGCGCGUACGUGAUCGUCGGGGCGGACAAGCGCGGGACGAUUUUUGCGCUCUAUGAGCAUUCGGAGCAGUUUGGACAAUCUCCUUGGUAUUGGCACUUCAGGUGGGCCGAUGUGCCGACUACGAAGCAUAACGAAAUCUUCGUCAACAAUUCGGCCCGCGUUGCAAAAUUGGGCUAUGGAGAAGUUCACGAACGGCACGGGAGCUUCUUGACCGGAUCGCCUUUCAAUCACUUCUUCUACACCAAACUCUUCGAGCUCCUUCUGCGCAUGAAGGCCAACUACAUCUGGCCAGCUCAAUGGUCUAGCGCAUUCUGCAUCGACGACAACAUGAAUCAGUUCUUUGCCGACCGGUACGGAAUCGUGAUGGGCACGAGCCACGAGGAGCCGAUGAUGCGCUCGAUUCCUGUCGAGUGGAACAUCUUCGGCGGCGGCACACCCUGGGACUAUUCGGAGGGAGCGGCGCGCGCGGCGCCGUUUGAGGGGCUGUGGACGAUCGGGAUGCGUGGAAACGGCGACUUGCCGCUGUCGGAGGGGCAGAACAUCGAUCUGCUCAUGCAGGUCGUCGCGGACCAGCGCACUAUCCUCGCGCAGACUUUCAACACGUCGGAUGCCACUACCAUCCCUCAAGUAUGGACCCUCUACAAAGAGGUUGAGGGCUACUACGAAGAUGGGAUGCGUGUGGAUGAUGAUGUUGUGCUUCUGUGGUCGGAUGACAACUGGGGCAACGUUCGUCGUUCACCUCUCCCUUCCGAGCGCAAUCGCACGGGUGGGUCCGGAGUCUACUACCACGUCGAUUACGUGGGUUCUCCUAGGGAUUACAAAUGGAUUACGAGCAGCCAGAUAGAAAAGAUAUUCGAGCAGAUGUCAACCGCGGUCGCGCGCGACGCAAGGUCGGUGUGGAUCGUCAACGUCGGCGACCUGAAGCCGUACGAAAUGAGCACCGAGUUCUUCCUCACGUACGGCUACGAUGCGGGCAAGUGGGACCCGACGAACGUGCAUUCGUUCGUGACAAGCUGGGCCCGGCGCGAGUUCGACAUGAACGCGACGGAGGCCGCCGAGGUCGCGGCGAUCAUGCAUAAUAUCACUCAGCACAACGCCCGCCGAAAACCGGAGCUUUGGAACAGCACAACGUACAGCCUGACCAACUACCGCGAAGCCGAGAGCGUGCUCGCAGAACUACAGAGCCUCAAGGAUGCAACAACGCGAAUCUACACUUCUCUUCCGGCGAGCAUGCAGCCGGCGUUCUUCCAGCUUCUCCACCACCCUGUCUCGGCGUCUUUCACUCUAAUGAGUAUGUGGAUGGCCGCCGGCACGAACCAGCUGCGCGCCUCGCAGGCGCGAAUUAGCGCGAACCAGUUCAUGACGCAGGUGGAACAGUUCUUCGACGAAGACUACGCGCUCGAGCUGAACUACCACAGCAUUCUAGAAGGGAAAUGGCGAGUAUCGCCUCUUGCUGCGGGGGACCACAUGAUGGACCAGACGCACGUCAUGUACUACUACUGGCAGCAACCGAUGGCGAAUACCAUGCCGCCCGUCACGAAGGUGAACGCCAAAAAGCAGGCGCUCCCGGGAGCAAUGCGGCUGUCCGUCGAAGGCAGCAUGGGGGCUUGGCCGGGCGACAACAUGAAUAACUGCGCGCAACAGUACGGCUGCCCGGAUCCGACGAUCACGCUUGACUCGUUCGUGCCCUUCGGAAACCGCUUUGUCGACAUCUCCGCGGGCGGCCCGACGCCGUUCACGUUCAGCUCGAGAAGCAAUGUCUCUUGGGUGACAGUGUCUCCGGGCGAAGGUUCAAUCUCUCUAGAUUCACCGGAGCAGCGCGUCUUCCUGAGCGUCGACUGGAGCCAGGUUAACGGGGUAGAAACUGCGCGGGUGGUGUUCACGGCAAAGCCGGAGAACCAGACAUCGAUGUCCGUCACCGUCACGCUCGUUGCGAACCACACCCAGGUUCCUGAUAGCUUCCACGGUUUCGUCGAGGGUGACGGCGUGGUGUCGAUGGAGGCUGCGCACGCGUCCCGCAACACGACCGUCGAGGGCCUGACGUGGACGGAGAUGCCCGGGCUAGGGCGCACCCUCUCAGGCGUCACGCCCUGGCCGCGGGGCGGAAACGAGCUCAACUUCACGGCAGGACAAGGGCCCAGCAUCGAGUACGACUUCUUCCUGUUCAACACCGUCGCGCAGGGCGGGAGCGUGACCGCGACCGCGCUCGUCUCCCCCUCGCUGAACAGCCUCGGGGACGACCGACCGCUCAAGCUCGCGAUGCAGGUCGACGGCGGCGCGGCGCAGACGAAGACGAUCGUGCCGCCGGUCGCGGUCGCGGGGAACCUGCCCGACGCGUGGGACGGGAACGACGGGUGGGUGGCAAACAGCAUCAUUGCGGUCCCGAUGGUGUUCCACCUGCAGCCGGGUGCGCACACACUCAAGGUGUGGAUGAUUGAGCCGACGGUGGUCGUGCAGAAGAUUGUCAUCGACACCGGCGGGCUGCGUCCGAGCUACCUGGGCCCUCCGGAGAACGCCAAGAUCCGGGCGUCAGGGGGCGCCCCGAUGGGGCAGGCGUCGGGCAAGCACCCGCUCGGCCGCAUCCCCGCUCUUGACCCGCAUCCACCACCAUCGUUUGACCGUAGCAGCACCCUCACCAUGGCACCCUCCGCGACCAUCGACACCUGCGCAGAUUCGGCCAUGACCGACGCAGCGAAAAUGGCGCUUGGGAAGGGACACGACACCGUGCACACAUCCUCCGCCGACGUGAUCCGUCUAGAACACGAAUAUGGCGCGCACAAAGUGUGGGAUCCUGAAGGGAAGGAAUAUAUUGACAUGCUCUCAGCUUACUCCGCUGUAAACCAGGGACACUGCCAUCCCAAGAUCACUGCGGCACUCGUUGAGCAAGCACAGAAGCUGACGCUUUCCUCACGGGCAUUCUACAACUCAGUCUUUGGUCGGUUCGCCAAGAAGGUUACCGAGAUGUUUGGUUACGAUAUGGUUCUUCCAAUGAACACGGGUGCCGAGGCAGUCGAGACCGCUUUGAAGUUGGCGCGCAAGUGGGCGUAUGAGAAGAAGGGUGUACCGGAUGGCGAAGCGAUCAUCUUCAGCGCUGCAGGCAACUUCCAUGGAAGGACUCUGGCAGUGAUCAGCAUGAGCACCGAUCCGGAAAGCCGCGGCGGUUUCGGGCCUUACCUACGUGCCGUCGGGCCGGACUAUGAUGACAACGGCGAGACUAAGACGAUUCGGUAUGGGGAGAUCGCCGACCUCGAGCGUGCGUUCGAGCUCCACGGGAGGAACGCCGCCGCGUUUCUGGUAGAGCCGAUUCAGGGCGAGGCUGGAAUCGUCGUUCCGCCAGAAGGCUACCUCGCGCGUGUUCACGCGCUGUGCAAGAAGCACAACGUGUUGCUCAUUUGCGACGAGAUCCAGACUGGUCUUUGCCGAACGGGCAGAAUGCUCUGCUGCGAACACGACGGCGUUCGCCCAGAUGUGGUAUUACUGGGCAAAGCGCUGUCAGGAGGAAUGUACCCUGUCUCCGCAGUGCUCGCCGAUAGGGACAUCAUGCUCUGCAUUCGCCCGGGCGAGCACGGAAGUACGUAUGGCGGGAACCCCUUGGGAUGCGCGGUGGCGAUGGCCGCUCUAGACGUUCUCGUGGAGGAGGACCUCGCACGACGCGCGGAGGAGCUUGGGGCGAAGUUCCGGUCCGCGAUCCGCGCAAUCGGCUCCCCCCUCGUGAAGGAGGUCCGCGGACGCGGGCUUCUGAAUGCGGUCAUUAUUGACGAGGGCAAGAGCGCCAAGGGCCACAGCGCGUGGCAGCUCUGCCUGCUUCUGAAGAGUCGCGGGGUGCUUGCGAAGCCUACGCAUGUCAACAUCAUUCGAUUCGCCCCGCCUCUGGUCAUCUCGGAGGACGAUCUCAUGAAGGCGGUGGGUAUUAUCCGGUCAGCUCUCGAGGAUCUAGACAAGUUGGACGACAUUCCGGGCGAAGUGGACAGCGAGAAGGGUUUCAAGGACACGUUAUCGAACUAA